CCUCGAAGCACACAAAUACAUGAUGGAAGCUCUUGACGAAACUGCGAAGGCCAGCUGUCUUGAUUGGUCCAACGAAUUCAAGGAACGAUGUAGCGCGCUUGCAGCGCACGAUGACCGUAUUCUUGGUGCGGAGAUCCCCGGGCAAGGUCAGGAUAGCUAUGAUGCAGAACCCAAUUUCUUCCAGGGAAUGCAAGAGUAUUCUAGGCCACGACCUCAACAGCGCCCUGGACGCCUCAAGAGAAUCAAGCUUGCUUUGAUGAAGAGCCCUCGUCCUGCACCUGCACCUGCACCGCCCACCACCCCACCAGUCGCCGUCGCUACUACCUUCAAAACUCAUCUACGACACCUAUUCACUCGGCCACCCCAUGAUACAAUACCACCCGUCGUUGACGUUCCUUUUGCCCAGGGUCUACAGCGUUAUGCUGCAGCGGGUGCUCCUAGGAGUGAUGACUCCUUGAUACGUGAUGAAGACUAUCAUGGACCUCCUUCACCGGACCCUAAUACGCAACAGCAACAGCAACCAAUAUCAGUGCAGAUCAUUCUCGUCCCUGUAUCUACGGCUAAUUGCAAUCAUAAGAAUGGAGAUGGGAAGAUAAUCGGCGAACGAGACAAACCGAAACCAAAUGGGCCGGGAGUUGACUGAAAAACUGAGAUGAGCGAGGAGUCAAGCGCUGCAAGCAAGCCUGACACCUUUGAAAUUCAGGAUUUGGAUAGAACAUGUCUUGAAAAACAGAAAAUCCUGCAAUAGGAAGAGGUUUCAGAUGCAAUAAGAGAGAAAUUUGGUUGCAUCUGGUGCACAUGCAGAACUUGGGUAUUGACGAAAUGAGAUGAGACUGCAGUAAGCUAUGUGCACUCGGAGAUGAAGUGUUGGAGAAAUUGCUCGACACGAGCCUGAGGAACAAUUACAUUCGUGUGGCAACGUAGGAUAGAUGGUGUUUCGCCAAAUUCGAAGGCUGGGAAGUAGCAAAUGCACUAUUGCCAUCGGAUGGGAGGUGAUAUAUUCAGGAAGCCGUGGAGUCGGACGCAUGUACAGAGUUCGAAGGCCGGGAAGUAGAGACUGCACUAUCGCCAUCGGAAGGGAGGUGAUAUAUUCUGGAAGCU